AAUAAAAGAGGACAGAUAAAAGGGAAAGAGAUGUCGAUCAGAGUGUAACAAAACAGAUUAGCUCUGGACUGCUUUCUCGCAGAAAACCUCUUUGCAUGUCCAAGAAUGCGCUUCAGUGUCUUCUUCCCCGGUAAAAGUGGGUUGUAGCGUGCCUCUAACAGGCUACGUCGCUGUGAAGCAGAUGGACAACACGAUGAAACUGCCCUCUGGUCUCUCUAACACUGGUUGAAGCUCGGCGUGAGGAGAGACGGUGCUGCAAAUGUCAAGGCAUCAGAAGUGAGACAGCAAAGUGGGGCAAAAACAACAAAUGACCACGUAAGACCUUUGUGAAUUAAAUUAAAUCUUGUGUUUAAUUAAAGUAGAAAAAAACUGAUUACUGCCUCUGGCUGAUGAAUGCCAGUGAAGCUGAAGAACAGACACUCAACUCUAGAGAAUAGACUAAACUGCAACGCUGUGAAAAGACGAGAUCUCUGACAGACCUCACCACACCAACCAAUCCACCCACCUUCCAACUUUCAUUUCAUUAUUUUAAUUACCUUACCAUCUUUGUUUUUUGUCCUCUCUCCUUUGCCCGUGGUAUUUUGUAUUCCGUCCCCUUCCCUCCCUCUCUUCUCCACUCCCUCCUCCUUUUGCUCUCUCCGUCUCAUCCUCUCGUGUUCACUGUCACACUAACUGCCGUCGAUGCUGGACUCGCUCAUCUAGAAGAAGCCUUGCUUCAAACAAAUUUGCCGUCAGAUUUUUUGCUUCUUUCCCUGCUGAGUGGGAUGACUUGAGCGUUGUCAGCGAAAGAGACCUGGGGAGAAGACCAACAAGUAGCUGCUGCCGAGUUCUUUGCACUCCUGCACCACCAGGAGACGACGACUGCAAAACCCAAUGGGGUAAACGGGAGGGCACUUUUACGUCUGCUGGCAGUAUUACCACAGUUACAUUUGCAUGGGUCACUAGUGUGCACACACAUCCAUGUGUGGAUUACAGUAGUGGAUUUUUCCUGGAGCUACAUGUGGGCCUUGGCCCCUGAGGCCUGGCUGGGAAAUGAAGCCUCUCCUGCAGCUGUAGGAGCGCUGUGGGCAGCUAUGGCCUUGGAGGGCCGCUGUACCCGGAGGGGAUCCCCGGCCAUGAUCAGAAAGGGCCGCCAGAGAUGUCACAAAAACCCGACUCUGGCUCAGGUCACAACAAAUCUGCUGUCAAGGACACGCCUUCACGGUCUGCGGCAUGUCUGUGUCCCCGGCGGCUCUGUGGGUCGCAGGGCCUUCUGGCUGCUGGCCCUCUGCACCUCCCUGGGGUUGCUGUUAUCUUGGUCCUCCAACCGACUUCUUCACUGGCUCUCCUUCCCAACGUACACACGGGUCCACACUGAAUGGGCCAAAGAACUGGCCUUCCCGGUCGUCACCAUCUGCAACAACAACCCCAUUCGCCUGUACAAACUUACCAAGAGCGAUCUGUACUUCGCCGGCCACUGGCUUGGCCUGCUGCUGGCCAACCGGACAGCUAGACCCAUGGUUUUGGACUUGUUACAGGAGGACCGGCGUGCCUGGUUCAGAAAACUGUCGGACUUCAGGCUGUUUCUCCCCCCCAGAAACUUUGAGGGAACCAACCUGGAGUUUAUGGACAGACUGAGCCACCAACUGGAGGACAUGCUCCUCUCCUGCAAAUACAGAGGGGAGCAGUGCGGAGCUCACAACUUCUCAUCUGUGUUCACCAGGUACGGGAAGUGUUACAGCUUCAAUGCUGCAGAGGAGGGGAAGAGUCUCCGCACCACCAUGAAGGGAGGGACGGGAAACGGUCUGGAGAUCAUGCUGGACAUCCAGCAGGACGAGUACCUGCCAGUGUGGGGGGACACAGAGGACACAGCCUUUGAGGCAGGUGUGCGGGUGCAGAUCCACAACCAGGUGGAGCCUCCGUUCGUGCACGAGCUCGGCUUCGGCGUGGCCCCCGGCUUCCAGACCUUUGUGGCCACACAGGAGCAGAGGCUGACCUACCUGCCUCCCCCGUGGGGAGAGUGUGAGUCCAAAGCUCUGGAGUCGGGCUUCUUCCAAGUCUACAGCGUGACCGCUUGCAGGAUCGAUUGUGAAACGCGCUACAUCGUGGAGAACUGCAACUGCAGGAUGGUGCACAUGCCCGGUGACGCCUCUUACUGCACACCUGAGCAGUACAAAGACUGCGCUGAACCUGCCCUCAGUAAACUGUCUGCUUUGGAGAGCAACAACUGCAUGUGCAGGAUGCCGUGCAACACCACCCGCUACAACAAAGAGUUAUCCAUGGUCAAAAUCCCCAGCAAGACGUCGGCGCGCUACCUGCAGAAGAAGUUCAACAGGUCUGAGAAGUACAUCUCAGACAACAUCCUGGUGCUGGACGUUUUCUUUGAGGCGUUGAACUACGAGACCAUCGAGCAGAAGAAGGCGUAUGAAGUGGCAGGCUUGCUGGGUGAUAUUGGAGGUCAGAUGGGUUUGUUCAUCGGCGCCAGCAUCCUCACCAUCUUGGAGCUGUUUGACUAUGCUUACGAGGUGGUAAAGGAGAGGCUGCUGGACUUACUGAGCAGAGAGGAGGAGGAGGAGAGUCAUGGAGAGGAUGUGAGUUCCUGUGACCCGGUGGCAAACCACUCUGAAUCCAUCAGCCACACUGUGACAGUUCCCCUUCAGACGACGCUGGGCACCCUGGAGGAGAUUGCCUGCUGAAGCCUCCCCACCCACCCACGUCCCUCGCCUCGGAGCCGAACACGUCCAACAGCUGCCUCCACCAGGCCGCGCUUCACAUCCUGCGUUACGGCAUCCUGAAAGACGUUAGUGGGGGAAGAGGCGAGGACAAGAGCAGGGGCCGGUCUGAGGACAGUGCUCCGCUCUGUCACACCCCUCUAUUUGAGGCACUAAUGGGGAUUAAGGAGCUGUCAGCUGGACUUAUCGGCGCUCUCUGUCACCCUCCUGCGUGCUCCAGGGUGGCCUCUGCUGUGCCACACCGUCAGUGGGGUCUCCACACGGAAAAUCAAAGACUGGGUGGGGAGACGUCCUGUGAGGGGGUCUCAUUCCUGUGCAGUAUGUCUAUGUAACAAACACAUUCAUACGUCGCUCACUGCCAAAUAAAACAGAACAAAGUCGGUCUCCAAACUGCAUGCAUCAAUUUAUCUUGAUCUCUGUGCUGGUGCAUACGCUUUUACUGUUCGUGUGUGCCAUUCGUCUCUCUAUCUGCAGGACAGGCCUUUGCAAGGUGAAAUGUCAACCUUCGAAUGUACAGAUUGAACAAAUGUUCGUCAGAGUCAUUGUUCAGGUGUGACCAAUCGGUCUUCUCU